UCCAUCUCCCCAAUACCGCCAUCAACAAGACGGAAGGAAGGAGAGGAGGAGUACACGCUCAUUUCUGUACUCCCUACACAGAACCUUCUCUUUCACUUUCCAGAUUUUUUUCCUUCCUUCUUUUAGUUAUUCUUCCCUGUAAUCUCAAGUUUCUCAUCUCCAUUUUCAUUCAAUUUCAGUAAAAAUUCAUCUAAUCUGUGUGCUCACUGUCGUCACAAUUUCCGAUGAAGUUUGAUGAGCUGAUGAUUCCGGUUUUAUUACUCUUCUCCUUCUCGUUGUCAUACGCUGCGUUUUCAUAUCCGGCACCGCUGAAUUGUUCAGAUACAUCUCGGGUUUGUACAUCAUUCAUAGCUUACAAUUACAAAGGAGGAGAAAACGAAGAAAAAAAUCUUGAAACAAUUCAGAGUAUGUUUGAUGUUUUACCAAAUGAUAUAACAAUCGAAGGAAAUAAUCGUGAUUAUGUGUAUAUUAAGAAGAACUGUUCAUGUUUCUCACCGAUUCAUAAGUAUUUGACGACGACGACGUAUACGGUAAGACAGAAUCAAGGAUCAGUUUAUGAUAUGGUGCGAGAAGCUUAUGCGGAACUUGCUUACAUUAAAGAGUCGAAUCGGACAGCUCGUUAUGGUGCUGUGAUUUCGUUGAGGUUGUUAUGUGGUUGUUCGAGUGGAUUGUGGAAUUAUUUGAUGAGUUAUGUGUUGAAAGAUGGGGAUAGUAUUGGAUCGUUGGCGAGUCGGUUUGGUGUUAGUAUGGAGAGUAUUGAAACGCUUAAUGGGAUUACUAAUCCUGAUAAUGUUACUGUUGGUGAUCUCUAUUACAUUCCACUUGAUUCAGUUCCUGGUGACCCUUAUCCUCAGAAGACGGCUUCUCCCGCCCCAGUUCCCGCGCCCUCCGAUGAAAUUGUAAUAGCAACUGAAGUGGAUCACAAAUCUCACUUUCCAUAUGGGUGGGUUAUAGGGGGUGCCGGGUGUGCUCUUCUUCUGAUUUGUGUCACCAUCAUCAUCUGUGUUUACUGCCAAGCCUCAAAGAGUCGUGCAAAGGAUCCUAAUGGGAAAAUCCCACACAAAUUUCACAUUCUUGGAAGGUCAAGUUUCUGUUGUGCUUCAGGGAGGGACUGGAAACCGAAUAAUGAGGAAUCAGGCAAUCGGCAAAGCAAUAUUCCCAAAGCUGUGGGAGCUGAUGUAUUCGAUAUGGAGAAACCCGUAGUUUUCACUUAUGAUGAGAUUCUUUCCUCAACUGAAUGCUUCUCUGAUUCAUUUCUUCUUGGCCAUGGGACAUACGGAUCUGUGUAUUAUGCAGUUCUUCGUGACCAGGAAGUGGCAAUCAAGAGAAUGGCUGCUAUGAAAACUAAGGAGUUCCUUUCAGAGAUGAAAGUCUUAUGCAAAGUUCACCACUCUAAUUUGGUAGAACUGAUUGGCUAUGCGGCAAGUGAUGAAGAACUGUUCCUUAUUUACGAGCAUGCUCAGAAGGGUUCACUUGGAAGUCAUUUGCAUGAUCCACACAACAAGGGUAAUUCAUCCCUUUCUUGGAUAGUGAGGGUACAGGUUGCGCUUGAUGCUGCUCGUGGUUUGGAAUACAUUCAUGAGCACACUAAAACUCAUUAUGUACAUCGUGACGUCAAAACGAGCAAUAUCUUACUUGACAAUUCGUUCAGGGCAAAGAUUUCAGAUUUUGGGCUGGCAAAGCUUGUUGGGAAAACAGGUGAAGGAGAAGCAUCUGUGACAAAAGUUGUUGGAACUUUUGGUUACUUGGCUCCAGAAUACUUGAGUGAUGGGCGGGCUACAACAAAGAGUGACGUUUAUGCAUUUGCCAUUGUACUUUUUGAGCUAUUAUCAGGAAAGGAAGCAAUUACGCGAUAUGAUGGCCCAGCAUAUAAAAACCCUGAAAGGCGAUCAUUAGCAUCUAUCAUGUUAGCGGCGCUUAAGAAUUCUACAAGUUCAAUGAGUAUGACAAGCUUGAGGGAAUGCAUUGAUCCAAAUUUAAUGGACUUAUAUCCCUAUGAUUGUGUUUACAAGGUUGCGAUGUUGGCAAAGCAGUGUGUUGACGAGGAUCCAAUUUUACGGCCAGACAUGAAACAAGUUGUAAUAACGUUAUCACAAAUCCUUCUAUCAUCUGUAGAGUGGGAAGCAACCCUUGCAGGAAACAGCCAAGUAUUUAGUGGACUUGUGCAAGGAAGAUAGAUUUUUCAGUUUCUCCUCAGUGAUACCAAUUAGUCGGCAUCUUAUCUUCUUUUCUUUGUGUGUAUACAGUUAGCAGCUAAGUGCUCGAAAAGAUGGUAAUUAUGUAUCUUCUUUCUUUCUUCCUUCUUUUUCUUCUUUGUCAAUUUUUUUUUUCAAACUUUUCUUAUAUUCUUUUUAGCUUUUUACUGUAAUGUUUUGCCUUUUUGUAUGUGCGAAGUUUUUUCCGAAUGUAAUUUAAAAGUAAAGAUGAACAACUCAUGAUGAAGGGUUUAAUUUCUCUUCGACGAAGAACUGUGGUAUCAUUUUACAAAAUGAUGAAUCUGUCUAUGAAUAUAGCUAAUGCUUAUACAAAUGCUGGUGAAUAUUAUUUGACGAACUCGUUUAGCG